AUGGUACUUAGUCAAAGGAAGUACACUCUCGACAUUAUUGAAGAUGCUGGUAUGCUUGGAUGCCGGCCGAGUCCGAUACCUAUGGAACAAAAUCUAAAGUUAGAAGCAGGAAAGGAGGAAGAUCGGGUUGAUCCAAGUCAUUAUCGGCGACUUGUCGGGAGGUUGCUCUAUCUUCAGGCCACCCGUCCCGAUAUUGCCCAUUCGGUUAGUAUCCUAAGCCAGUUUGUGGUGGAUCCUCGUACAAGUCAUCUCGAAGCCGCUACAAGGGUCGUUAGAUAUUUGAAGGCAACCGCUGGGCAAGGCAUCCUAUUACCGAAGAUAGGGGAAACAAUCUCGUGGCCUAUACCGAUUCCGACUGGUUAG